CUCCUGCACAAGAGGGUAUAUCAAAGCAGCUCGUGGUGAUAUAUGAAAACCAGAGAUCAUCACGCCUCAGGGAGGUGAUGAGCUGACAUGCUGACAGAAGCCAUUUACCUCACGUCUCAAUUCCAGUUUUCCUGUAGAGCCACUGGGGAAGAGGCCCAUCUUUAGGUGGGCAGUGAGUAUGGCAGAUGAGGAAGGAAAAACUCGUUGAAAAGAACCCAAAAAGAAGGUGUGGUUUUUCAAAUUCUAAAUCUGAAAAAGUAAUCACUGUGACCUAAAGUUGCAGCGAGGUGACAUGCGGUUUAAGCCCGUGGAACGCUUAAAACGUUACUGUGGGAAGAAUCUCUGGGCUUUAGGAAGUUACAAGGGGAGAAGCUCCCAAGGAAGAGAUUUAUUUCCUUAAAAAAUCUGACCCGUGAGCACACAUCUGGAAGUUGACCAUGCUUCGAGCCUUUGGCCAGCCCUCUGUGCCUGCAUACCAGCCGCUUUCCAGCCACUCUGCUGCUGAAGCAGAGGUGAAGUUUAAGGGCACUUUGGUGCAUGAAGCUCAACUCAACUGCUUCUACAUCCCUCCUGGAGGUUCCAACUAUGGGAGCCCACGCCCAGCUCAUGCCAACAUGAACGCCAAUGCAGCUGCGGGACUCGCCCCUGAGCACAUCCCCACGCCGGGUGCGGCCUUGUCGUGGCAGGCGGCCAUCGAUGCAGCCCGGCAGGCCAAGCUGAUGGGCAGCGCCGGCAACGCGACCAUUUCCACGGUCAGCUCCACGCAGCGGAAGCGGCAGCAGUAUGGGAAACCCAAGAAGCAGGGCAGCACAACGGCCACGCGCCCACCCCGCGCCCUACUUUGCCUGACUCUGAAGAACCCCAUCCGGAGGGCGUGCAUCAGCAUCGUCGAAUGGAAACCAUUUGAAAUAAUUAUUUUACUGACUAUUUUUGCCAAUUGUGUGGCCUUAGCGAUCUAUAUUCCCUUUCCAGAAGACGACUCCAAUGCCACCAAUUCCAACCUGGAACGAGUGGAAUAUCUCUUUCUCAUAAUUUUUACUGUGGAAGCAUUUUUAAAAGUAAUAGCCUAUGGACUUCUCUUUCACCCCAACGCUUACCUCCGCAAUGGUUGGAAUUUACUAGAUUUUAUAAUUGUGGUUGUAGGGCUUUUCAGUGCAAUUUUAGAACAAGCAACCAAAGCCGAUGGGGCAAAUGCUCUAGGAGGAAAAGGAGCUGGAUUUGACGUGAAGGCACUGAGAGCAUUCCGUGUGCUGCGCCCCUUGAGGCUGGUGUCUGGAGUCCCAAGUCUCCAGGUGGUUCUGAAUUCCAUUAUCAAGGCCAUGGUGCCCCUGCUGCAUAUUGCCCUGUUAGUGCUGUUUGUCAUUAUCAUCUAUGCCAUAAUCGGCUUGGAGCUCUUCAUGGGGAAAAUGCAUAAGACCUGCUACAACCAGGAAGGCAUAGCAGAUGUUCCAGCAGAAGAUGAUCCUUCCCCUUGUGCUCUGGAAACAGGCCAUGGGCGGCAGUGCCAGAAUGGCACUGUGUGCAAGCCCGGGUGGGAUGGGCCCAAGCAUGGCAUCACCAACUUUGACAAUUUUGCCUUCGCCAUGUUGACGGUAUUCCAGUGCAUCACCAUGGAGGGCUGGACAGAUGUGCUGUACUGGGUCAAUGAUGCCGUAGGAAGGGACUGGCCCUGGAUCUAUUUUGUUACACUAAUCAUCAUAGGGUCAUUUUUUGUACUUAACUUGGUUCUCGGUGUUCUUAGCGGAGAGUUUUCCAAAGAGAGGGAGAAGGCCAAAGCUCGGGGAGAUUUCCAGAAGCUUCGAGAGAAGCAGCAGCUGGAAGAGGACCUAAAGGGCUACCUGGACUGGAUCACCCAGGCAGAGGACAUCGACCCUGAGAAUGAGGAUGAAGGCAUGGAUGAGGAGAAGCCCCGAAACAGAGGCACUCCAGCGGGCUUGCUUGAUCAGAAGAAAGGGAAGUUUGCUUGGUUUAGUCACUCCACAGAAACCCAUGUGAGCAUGCCCACAAGCGAGACCGAGUCUGUCAACACCGAAAACGUGGCUGGAGGUGACAUCGAGGGAGAGAACUGCGGGGCCAGACUGGCCCACCGGAUUUCUAAAUCAAAGUUCAGCCGCUACUGGCGCCGGUGGAAUCGGUUCUGCAGAAGAAAGUGUCGUGCUGCAGUCAAGUCUAAUGUCUUCUACUGGCUUGUGAUCUUCCUGGUGUUCCUCAACACACUCACCAUCGCCUCAGAACACUACAAUCAGCCCCACUGGCUCACAGAGGUCCAAGACACGGCCAACAAGGCACUACUGGCCCUUUUUACGGCAGAGAUGCUGCUGAAGAUGUAUAGCCUGGGCCUGCAGGCCUACUUUGUGUCCCUCUUCAACCGCUUCGACUGCUUCAUCGUGUGUGGGGGCAUCCUGGAGACCAUCCUGGUGGAGACCAAGAUCAUGUCUCCCUUGGGCAUCUCUGUGCUGAGAUGUGUCCGGCUCCUACGGAUAUUUAAAAUCACAAGAUACUGGAACUCCUUAAGCAACCUGGUGGCAUCCUUGCUGAAUUCUGUGCGUUCCAUCGCCUCCCUGCUGCUACUCCUCUUUCUCUUCAUCAUCAUCUUCUCCCUCCUGGGGAUGCAGCUCUUUGGAGGAAAGUUCAACUUUGAUGAAAUGCAGACUCGGAGGAGCACAUUUGAUAACUUUCCGCAGUCCCUCCUCACCGUGUUUCAGAUCCUGACCGGGGAGGACUGGAAUUCGGUGAUGUAUGAUGGGAUCAUGGCUUAUGGCGGCCCCUCUUUUCCAGGGAUGUUAGUCUGUAUUUACUUCAUCAUCCUCUUCAUCUGUGGAAACUAUAUCCUACUGAAUGUGUUCUUGGCCAUUGCUGUGGACAACCUGGCUGAUGCUGAGAGCCUCACAUCUGCCCAAAAGGAGGAGGAAGAAGAGAAAGAGAGAAAGAAGCUGGCCAGGACUGCCAGCCCAGAGAAGAAACAAGAGAUAGUGGAGAAGCCAGCAGUGGAGGAAACCAAGGAGGAAAAAAUUGAACUGAAAUCCAUUACAGCUGAUGGAGAGUCCCCACCCACCACUAAGAUCAACAUGGAUGACCUCCAGCCCAAUGAAAAUGAGGAUAAGAGUCCCUACCCCAACCCAGAAAAUACAGGAGAAGAGGAUGAGGAGGAGCCUGAGAUGCCUGUGGGCCCCCGCCCACGACCACUCUCUGAGCUGCACCUUAAGGAAAAGGCAGUGCCCAUGCCAGAAGCCAGUGCGUUUUUCAUCUUCAGCCCCAACAACAGAUUUCGCCUCCAGUGCCACCGCAUUGUCAAUGACACGAUCUUCACCAACCUGAUCCUCUUCUUCAUUCUGCUCAGCAGCAUUUCCCUGGCAGCUGAAGAUCCCGUCCAGCACACCUCCUUCAGGAACCAUAUCCUAGGCAAUGCAGACUAUGUCUUCACUAGUAUCUUUACAUUAGAAAUUAUCCUUAAGAUGACUGCUUAUGGGGCUUUCCUACAUAAGGGCUCUUUUUGCCGGAACUACUUCAACAUCUUGGACCUGUUGGUGGUCAGCGUGUCCCUCAUUUCCUUUGGCAUCCAGUCCAGUGCAAUCAAUGUGGUGAAGAUUUUACGAGUUUUGCGAGUCCUCAGGCCCCUGAGGGCCAUCAACAGAGCCAAGGGGCUAAAGCACGUGGUUCAGUGCGUGUUCGUCGCCAUCCGGACCAUCGGGAACAUCGUGAUUGUCACCACACUGCUUCAAUUCAUGUUCGCCUGCAUUGGGGUCCAGCUUUUCAAGGGAAAGCUCUACACCUGUUCAGAUAGUUCCAAACAGACCGAGGCGGAAUGCAAGGGUAACUACAUCACAUACAAGGACGGGGAGGUUGACCACCCCAUCAUCCAACCCCGCAGCUGGGAGAACAGCAAGUUUGACUUUGACAAUGUUCUGGCAGCCAUGAUGGCCCUUUUUACCGUCUCUACCUUUGAAGGGUGGCCAGAGCUGCUGUACCGUUCCAUCGACUCCCACACAGAAGACAAGGGCCCCAUCUACAACUACCGUGUGGAGAUCUCCAUCUUUUUCAUCAUCUACAUCAUCAUCAUUGCCUUCUUCAUGAUGAACAUCUUCGUGGGUUUCGUUAUCGUCACCUUCCAGGAGCAGGGGGAGCAGGAAUACAAGAACUGUGAGCUGGACAAGAACCAGCGACAGUGCGUGGAAUAUGCCCUCAAGGCCCGGCCCCUGCGGAGGUACAUCCCCAAGAACCAGCACCAGUACAAAGUGUGGUAUGUGGUCAACUCCACCUACUUUGAAUACCUGAUGUUCGUCCUCAUCCUGCUCAACACCAUCUGCUUGGCCAUGCAGCACUAUGGCCAGAGCUGCCUAUUCAAAAUUGCCAUGAACAUCCUCAACAUGCUCUUCACUGGCCUCUUCACCGUGGAGAUGAUUCUGAAGCUCAUUGCCUUCAAACCCAAGGGUUACUUUAGUGAUCCCUGGAAUGUUUUUGACUUCCUCAUCGUAAUUGGCAGCAUAAUUGACGUCAUUCUCAGUGAAACUAAUCACUAUUUCUGUGAUGCAUGGAAUACAUUUGACGCCUUGAUUGUUGUGGGUAGCAUUGUUGAUAUAGCAAUCACCGAGGUAAACCCAGCUGAACAUACCCAAUGCUCUCCCUUUAUGAAUGCAGAGGAGAACUCCCGCAUCUCCAUCACCUUCUUCCGCCUCUUCCGGGUCAUGCGCCUGGUCAAGCUGCUGAGCCGAGGGGAGGGCAUCCGGACCCUGCUGUGGACCUUCAUCAAAUCCUUCCAGGCCCUGCCUUACGUGGCUCUUCUGAUAGUGAUGUUGUUCUUCAUCUAUGCGGUGAUUGGGAUGCAGGUGUUUGGGAAGAUUGCCCUGAAUGACACCACAGAGAUCAACCGGAACAACAACUUCCAGACCUUCCCCCAAGCUGUGCUGCUUCUCUUCAGGUGUGCCACAGGGGAGGCAUGGCAGGACAUCAUGCUGGCCUGCAUGCCAGGAAAGAAGUGUGCCCCCGAGUCGGAGCCCAGCAACAGCACAGAAGGUGAAACACCCUGUGGCAGCAGCUUCGCAGUCUUCUACUUCAUCAGCUUCUACAUGCUCUGUGCCUUCCUGAUCAUUAACCUCUUUGUAGCUGUCAUCAUGGAUAACUUUGACUACCUGACAAGGGACUGGUCAAUUCUUGGUCCCCAUCAUCUGGAUGAAUUUAAAAGAAUCUGGGCAGAGUAUGAUCCUGAAGCCAAGGGUCGAAUCAAACACCUAGAUGUAGUGACACUGCUCCGGCGGAUUCAGCCCCCACUGGGUUUUGGGAAGCUGUGCCCUCACCGUGUGGCUUGCAAACGUCUAGUCUCCAUGAACAUGCCUCUGAACAGUGAUGGGACGGUCAUGUUCAAUGCCACCCUGUUUGCCCUGGUCCGGACAGCCCUGAGGAUCAAAACAGAAGGGAACCUAGAACAAGCCAACGAGGAGCUGCGGGCCAUAAUCAAGAAGAUCUGGAAGCGAACCAGCAUGAAACUGCUGGACCAAGUGGUGCCUCCAGCGGGUGAUGAUGAGGUCACGGUUGGCAAGUUUUAUGCUACUUUCCUGAUCCAGGAGUACUUCCGGAAAUUCAAGAAGCGCAAAGAACAGGGCCUGGUGGGCAAGCCUUCCCAGAGGAACGCCCUAUCCCUGCAGGCUGGCUUGCGCACGCUGCAUGACAUUGGGCCUGAGAUCCGACGGGCCAUCUCUGGAGAUCUGACGGCUGAGGAGGAGCUGGACAAGGCCAUGAAGGAGGCUGUGUCUGCUGCCUCUGAAGACGACAUCUUCAGGAGGGCCGGUGGCCUGUUCGGCAACCACGUCAGCUACUACCAAAGCGACGGCAGGAGCGCCUUCCCCCAGACCUUCACCACCCAGCGCCCACUGCACAUCAAUAAGGCGGCCAACAGCCAAGGCGAUGCCGAGUCACCAUCCCACGAGAAACUGGUGGACUCCACUUUCACCCCCAGCAGCUACUCGUCCACCGGCUCGAAUGCCAACAUCAACAAUGCCAACAACACUGGCCUGGGCCGCUUCCCCCCGCCUUCUGGCUACCCUGGCGCUGCCAGCACCGCCGAGGGCCACGGAACCCCCCUGUCUCCUGCCGGCCGGGUGCAGGAGGCUGCAUGGAAGCUCAGCUCCAAGAGGUGCCACUCCCGGGAGAGCCAGAUAGCCAUGGUGUGUCAGGAGGAGGUCUCUCAGGACGAGACCUAUGACGUGAAGAUGAGCGAAGACGCCGAGUACUGCAGUGAGCCCAGCCUGAUCUCCACAGAGAUGCUGUCCUAUCAGGAUGAUGAAAAUCGGCAAUUAACACCACCUGAGGAAGACAAGAGGGACGUUCGGCAAUCUCCAAAGAGGGGUUUCCUCCGCUCUGCCUCCCUGGGUCGAAGGGCCUCCUUCCACCUGGAAUGUCUGAAGCGGCAGAAGAAUCAAGCGGGAGACAUCUCUCAGAAGACAGUCCUGCCCUUGCACCUGGUUCAUCACCAGGCAUUGGCAGUGGCAGGCCUGAGCCCCCUCCUCCAGAGAAGCCAUUCCCCUGGCACGCUCCCCAGGCCAUGUGCCACCCCCCCAGCCACACCCGGCAGCCGAGGCUGGCCCCCGCAGCCUAUCCCCACCCUGCGGCUGGAGGGGGCUGAGUCCAACGAGAAACUCAACAGCAGCUUCCCGUCCAUCCACUGCAGCUCCUGGUCUGAGGAGCCCACACCCUGUGGAGGAGGUGACAGCACCAUCCGGAGAGCCCGGCCGGUGUCCCUCACUGUGCCCAGCCAGGCUGGGGCCCGGGGCAGGCAGUUCCACGGCAGUGCCAGCAGCCUCGUGGAAGCGGUCUUGAUUUCAGAAGGACUGGGGCAGUUUGCUCAAGAUCCCAAGUUUAUCGAGGUCACAACCCAGGAGCUGGCUGACGCCUGUGACAUGACCAUAGAGGAGAUGGAGAACGCCGCUGACAACAUCCUCAGUGGGGGCGCCCAGCAGAGCCCCAACGGCACCCUCCUACCUUUUGUUAACUGCAGGGACCCCGGGCAGGACAAAGCGGGGGGUCACGAGGGCGACGCCUGCACGGCCGCCCUGGCAUGUCAGAAGAGCGAGGAAGAGCUCCAGGACAGCAGAGCCCACACCGGCAGCCUGUAGGAGCCAGGGCUGGGGAGACGCUGGGUUUUUUAUUUGUUUCAAUGUUCCUAAUGGGUUCGUUUCAGAAGUGCCUCACUGUUCUCGUGACCUGGAGUUAACCGGAACAGCGUCUUCAUUCAUUUCGUUGGGACAAGACGCAGAGUUGGGUGGUGUGCAGAGUCCGUUUUCCGGGGGGAAGGAAGGCAGCAAGCCUAGUGUGUGUCGUGUCCAAGAGGUAGAGUGGUGAGGAGGAGUGGAAGAAUCAGGGAGGGAGAGCAAGAGAAGAGACGCCUGCCCCCACCUCCGGGCGUGAAGGAGAGCCUCAGCUUCCUGCCGUAGCCCUCACCAAAAGGACCCUAUGUCAAACGGGUGUCUUUCAACUUUGCUUGUAAAAAAAAAUCCAUUUUGCACAUAUUCCGUAUGAGCCUCACUGUCUCCAUAGAGCCAGGGCCCUGUGGAUUUGUAGAAGGAAGCAGGAGUGGGACUUCAGCGAGGACCCAGCCCCAUCCCAGGGGGGAGGAGGAACAGAGAGAGGAGCUCAGGAGCUCAGGAGACAGGAGUGGAGGAGGGCGGAGGGCACGAUGAGGGGCAUGCGGCAGCCUCACGGCCAAGGCUCCCCACCACCCCCAUCCCUCUGCCCCAGGAUCACAGGCCGUGCACAGGCCCACCUCGCUUCAGAGCAGCGGCUGGGCCUGCCAGGGAAGGGGCAACCAGCCCCUGGCAAGACGAGGUGCUGCUGAGCUUCUGUCAAGCGCUCUUUUGUUUUGUGGUUUGACAUUUUUCUUGAUGGCAUGUUGCAGUUUUCAGGUUUUGUUUGGUUUUUGUUUUAUUUUAAUUUUGUUUUCCCAGGGGGAGGGGAGGAAGAAGUGUUUACAAAGCUUUGUAGCCACCCACCUUACUGUUUUCACUUUUGCAAAUGUAAAUUGGGUUUGGUUUUACUGUAUUAUUUAAACGGUUGUGGUUUUCUUUUUCUACGGUAGGCUCCAUCCAUAGAGCCAUCGUGGGCAAGUUUUACCAGCCAUUGUGUAUACGCAAUAAUUUGUUAUGAUUUCUGUAGGUAGUAACAAAAAUUUUUUGGGUUUGGUUUUAUAAUUUAAAGGUAACGCACUUGAUAUGGUCUUGCACAUAUGGGUGAUUGAGUUGGGCUCUUUUUACUGCGGGGUGUGUCUGUGGGUGCCGGAGAGAAGCAUGGGUGAGAGAGUCUCCGCGAGUGUGUGUGUUCUGUGUGUGCAUAGUGGGUUGUCCAUGUAUAUGCACCCAUGUGUGAAUGAGUGUGCAGCUCCCCCUUUCUGGUCUAACCGUGGGGAGAUCUGAAUCUGGGGCCAUUUGAAAGCAAAAACAAACCACUGUUUCUGCUUCUGAAAUGGGAAUCAGUAACUCUUUACAUUUUCUGUCCACAAGAUAUGCAAAAACAAUGCAAUAAUAUUCAUUUUAAAAAUACAAUUGUGAGUUGUGUUGGCAUUAAAACUGUAUUUAAAACACACACACACACACACACACACAGAAAUUUAAGGGAAAAACUCAAGAAGGCGUUUUGCUUCGAUAUAUUCCGUGUAAUGUUUUAUUGCAUUGAUAAUGUUUCUGUUGAAGAAACCGUUAUACUUGAAUUCAGGUCAGUUUCAGUAUUUUACAAAUAUUUUUUUAAAACUGAAUUGCAAUUGUGCCAAGCGAAUAUAAUGAAUUGAAUUAAGUUUGUUUUUGAAUUCACUUCUUGUAUAUUUUGCUGCAUGUAAGUAAAUCAUUUUGUAUUUGGAGUGUACAAGCUUUACCCUUGAACUCUGAAGUGCUUUCCUAUAUGUGGUUGGGGGAAAGGGAACAAAUAUUAUUUUAAUUUGUACGAUGAGCAAAGGUAUCACCAGUGUAAAUCAUUAUUCUGCAAUCCA